AUGGAGGGCCACCCGACUGUGGACGCAGGCUCCGGAUCUGUCCUGAACGACGAGAAUCCUCCAAAUCUCACAAAACCGCAAUCUACUCCCUCCGCAACCCCUGUGCUGCCCUCAACGUCGGACCGCCUACGCGCCUUUCAGAACUCGGCGCUACAAUUCCUUUCUACCGCAAGCAAUGAGACACUUGGCGCUUGUGCUGUUGGUCUUGCAGCCUCUACGUACCUCGUGCUCGGACGCCUUGGCCUAGUUCUGAUCGGCGCAGUUGGUGGUAUCGUCUUACAUGCCACAUGGGAGGGCCAAGCUGCUUCCGACGACGGCGAUGGCGGCCAAGAGCGCCAACAGAAAAAGAAGCGAGAGCUAGGGAUAGAGGUCGUCAAGAGAGCGCUCGACUGGCGGGACCGCAAGCACGAGGAACAGACAAGUGCUGAGACCGGGCAGCUUGACACUUCUGCCCGUCUCACAGACCCGGACUAUGAACUAAAUUACUCGGGCUUCCAACCAGAGACUCAGGCGGCCCUCAACGAGUUCACAGAAGCAGUCAUUCGAGACUAUGUGCACUGGUGGUACCGCCCACUCCUCCCGACGGAACAUUCAUUCCCAGCCGCAUGUCGGCAGACCCUUACACAAUUUAUCCUGUCAUUCUCAAACCGGCUGUCUCGCAAACGGACAGCCGACCCUGUCCUCGAUUUUAUGGCCAACUCCACAUCUAUCAUGAUUGUGUUCUUCAGUGAGCUGGGCUCCGCACUCAAAGCAUCGCAAAAUCAGGACCCAGCUGUUGCCAUACAAACAUACCUGCAGUAUCAACCUGAUAGCAACCUGGCGAACGUCAUCAACACGUCUCAGCAAGAGCGAAAGCUUGCCGUUGUCUCGGAUGAUAUACUGCAGAGCUUUCUGGACAAGCAAUCCUACGAGUGUCCUCCAGUGAAAGCAUUCCUGCGAGAAGUGCUUUGUGGCCUCAUUCUCCAACCCAUGAUUGUUAUGUGCUCCAAACCGGAGUGGAUCAACGGCUGGAUCGUUUAUCUACUGGAAGAUGGCGAGCCUGAGGUAAUGAAUAUCAUCGACGCUGGCGUCGGUAACAUGAACAAGGGUUCUCAGAGCCCAACCAAGGCUACUUCAAAAGAGCAAGCAAAACAUCAACGUAGAGUCAGCAGAGCCGAGGAGGCCAUGCAACAGGCAAUUGAGGAAGCAGAAAAGCUCAAUGCCAUGAUUGCUGAAGACGAAGCACGGCGGAAGCGUGAUGUUGCUACUUCUGAGAGCGAAGAGACCACGUCCGUAGCGACUACCGAUACCGGCGUCGCAGGCAUUACCACUCCCACAUCUUCGGACAGUGGCCGCAACAGGAAGUCGGCACGCUCUUCAUUCAUGUUCGACGCGGAAGGGAAUGCUAUUCAGUCAGCAAGCGCAAGCCCGACUCGUAGGGGAGGUCGUACUGCGCUGGACGAGACCCAUGAGAUUGUCGAAGCACCUCGGGAUGAUGGUCCUCUAAUUGAGCCUCUUGCCUUAUCAGCUUCCACAGAAGCCCUGGGCCAGACAGCACAGACCUUCGAUGAUAUGGGCUUGGAAGGGUCCGCCGAACCCGAGAUUGCAGAGGUUGUCGUACCCCUUCCUCUCACCUUACAGCAUGCUUUUAUCACCUUGAUCGAUCUGGGCGAUGGCGAUGAUAGAUCGACUAUCAAAAAGGAGCCUAGGGACGACCUGUACAUGAUCCAGAUUGAGCCAGCGUCCUCCAAGUUCCCCGGAUGGAUGGUGACCCGUGGGUAUUUGGACUUUGUCAAGAUCCACCCUACGCUUCUGACCAUAGCCAAAAUCUCUGGUGUACCUGAGUUCUCACAACAGUAUCCGGAGCUACCGUCAUGGAAAGGCGUGGCCAGGAAACCAUUCCGCACCGGCUUGGAGUACUAUCUGCGGGAUGCCCUGAAGUAUGAGCGACUGGCUGAAAGCGAUACGAUGAAGAAGUUCCUUGAUAAGGAGGUCGGCAUCUCAAAAGCGCCAACUCAGACAAAGAACGUUUUCGUUCAAGGCGGUGCAGCUCUGGAAAAUGUGGGCAAGGGGUUCGUGAACGUCCUAGGACAGGGAGGGAAGGGUAUCGCUGGCGGUGGGAAAGCUGUUCUUGGAGGUGUUCAAGGAGCUUUUGGUACCAUAACCUCUGGCAUCGCGGGCCCAAAGAAGCCGACUACACCGCAACGGCCCAUUCAGUCAAUGAACAGAACGACCACAGGAUCCAGUAUUGCUGUUCCUCGCUUCAGUCAAGAACUGCCGAGAAAGAGCGUUGAGAUCAGCGAAGCGCAAGGCGAGACUCGACCUGCCAAACCUAUACGGAUGAGCUCCGACUACAACCAGCAGUCUGGUCCCGCUUCACAUGCUGCAUCGUCGCCCAGGGAGUCCCAGGAGUCACUCCAUCUCCCACCACCGCCCGAUGCAAUAUCAGAUGAGUACGUGCCGAUCAAACCGAUGAGCGCGAAAAACCCUGCCAAAGAGUCGUUGGAGGAGGAGAGGUCGAUGCCCAGCACUCCGACGUCUUCUCACCUUCCACCAGACAGUAUGUCAGCGAGUAGGGCGUCUCUGCCGAAGAAGAAGACCCAACAUAGUCCUAUAACCGAAGGCGAGACUCGAGUAAUUAUCGACCUGAUGUUCGCCAUCAUCACCGAGCUGUACUCCCUGUCCUCGGCAUGGACAAUCAGGCUGUCGCUCCUCUCCGCCGCCAAAACAUACCUGCUUCGCCCCCAAAACCCGCAGCUCGAGUCAAUUCGGGUGCUGCUACAAGAGUCGGUCCUAGACGCCAACUUCUCCGACGCAGGACUCGCCGCGCACAUCCGAAAAUUGCGGGAGAACGCAGCAGCGACGGAAGAAGAACGAGCCAACUGGCCUGCUGAGCUGACAGCCGAAGAAAAGGAGAAUCUUCGCAUCAAAGCACGCAAGCUGCUGGUGGAACGAGGCAUGCCGCAGGCCCUCACGAGUGUCAUGGGCGCAGCGGCAAGUGGGGAGGCCUUGGGCCGGGUAUUUGAUUGUCUGCAGAUAGAGGAGGUGGCUCGAGGUCUUAUCUUCGCGUUGACGCUGCAGGCGAUUCGAGCUACGACGCAGUGA